ACCCGGGGUUGCCUUGGCUGAGAGAAAUAAAGGAGAAGGAUUCACGGAUUAAGAUAAAUUCCUCAUUUUCAUUACAGGCUUGGAGCUCCUCACUUUGACUUGUGCUUAUGUGAACGGGAGCGAGAAAACCUUGAGAGCUCCAAACUAAGCUUCGGACAUGGCACAGGAGAAAAUGGAGCUAGGCUUGGAGGUGCUGCCGAGUUCAACCACCACAGAAGACAACACUCUGAGAAGAUCCAACAGCGUCCCUUUGAUCAGUGGGCUUGGUGGUAAUUCACAGGUGUUCCAAUCUGACACAUUAAGAACUCGAAGAAACAGUACAUCGUGUAUGGCACAGCACUGUCUGUUUGUGCCACCUUCUCCCAUUCAGCCUUCCACCAGUCACCUUCGUCAAAUCAAACAGGAAGAAGCCAUGGAUUUAAUGAAUAGGGAAACAAUGCAUGAAUGUGUUGGUGUGAAAGAAGUCAAAGUCCCAACCAACACUAUUAGACCAAGUAUCCUUGGACCAUUAAAAAGAAAGGGUGAAACGACAUUUGAACAUCAGCCAAAGAGAUUUUUCCAAGGCACAACCAACGUGCUUUCCUCUGAUACUACCCGACUAUCUGAUAGGAAUGUAUUUCUAUCUUCAGAUGCUCUUGAUAGAAACAGCAGCAGUGCAGGGUCUCUUCAUAAUUCACCAGCUAAAAUCAGCACUGUCACAAACUCUCCUGUCUUGCCUUCUGAUUCUAGCUCUCUAUUUAUUCUAGCAGAUGAGCUUUUAACUAAGUGGUGUCUCCUCAGCCGCCACUGUAUAGUCUUUCGACUUAAUUGUUCGGUGAAUGAAACCACCGAGAAGACACUCGUUUCCAGAAUCCCUACUAGAAACCUGAAGCGUUACACGCUGACUUUGUAUAACUCCUCUGAAGUGAAUUCGGGCGGCAGAAUUGUGCAGGCCUAA